GAGGAUUACGACGGGGACUAAGAACGCAUCUUUUACCGCCGUUGUGUAUUGGAAUGCAAGAGGUGUUCAUCGGGCUGAUGCUGGGGAUGUGGGAAUGAGAUGAUAAUCUAGCAAAUUUUGAAGAUGUUCGCAGAAAAGCGUCUGGUUUACGAUACCAGCUGCAGCAGUUACUCGAGAAUAAGAUGAUGGGGAGAUCGCGUUUCUGAUUCAGGCUGGAGUUGCAGCCGCUGGUGGAUCUUAUUGGAAUUCUAAUCUUAUCUAAUCUCCCUCCAGCUUCUGCCAUUCAACAGCUUUUGCUGUUUUAAGAACAAAUCUGGACCGUUCUCCUUCCCCUCUUCCAUCCUUUUUGCUACACCGUAAUUUCGUGGUGAAAAAAAUCGGUGGCUUUAUAAAUCUGCACUGUGUGGAUUAAUGGAUUUAAUGGCUGAGAAUGGUUAAUACAGUGGUCCCCGGUGGACAAGCCCUCCCUCCCGGGUUAGCAUAAAGAAAAAACCGAGAGGAGUCAGGGAGAAGGCAAUGGUCAGCACUUAUUUUUCACCCACUAGUUGGAUCGUUGCACAUAUGUAUCGUGUGUAUACAUUUUCUACUUGGGGAUGGCACUCAGUAUAAUUCAGUGUAAGCACCGUUGAAUGUUAUUGAUUGAUAUUACCUCUUACUGUUGGCUUAUUCGAUGCUGGGGCGGAAAAUGCUCAGCUUUAUCUCCUGAAACAUGCAGAAUGAGCUGGCAGCAAACCACCUCCCCGCAGGACUUGCGCGAUACUUCCACCCCUCCCCCAAUCUGGCUAGGCGUUGGCUUGGGGACAUCACGUAACUGCUGCAAAUCCUUUUCUUUUUUUCCAAAUGCGUUUGUUUUCAGUGUGCUGGUAGGAGCAUUCUGGGGGGAAAAGGAACACAAACGAAAUUUGGCCAGGAUCUUCCCAGAUACUGAUGUUAAACUGAUUGGUCUGUACUUUCCUUUCUUGAAGAUGGGGACCUUAUCAGCCCUUUUCCAAACCUCAGUCUCAUCAGAAUUCAAAAUGCAACAGCUGGUUUCUUGUCUGGGUGUAUGGUUUUUCCUACAGCUUCCCAACCUUGGUUCUGGAACACGUGUAGUCUACAAAGUACAGGAAGAGCAGCCACCCAAUACACUCAUUGGAAGUCUGGCAGCAGACUAUGGCUUCCCAGAUGUAGGACAUCUGUAUAAAUUAGAAGUGGGUGCCCCCUAUCUGCGUGUUGAUGGCAAGACUGGUGAUAUCUACACCACAGAAACUUCCAUUGAUCGGGAAAGCCUGAGAGAGUGCCAGCACUUGUUCCCAGGAGAUCCUUGUUUUCUGGAGUUUGAGGUUUCUAUCACAGACCUGAUGAACAAUAGCCCUCGCCUACUAGAGGGGCAGAUUGAAGUGAUGGACAUCAAUGACAAUACACCCAACUUUGCAUCUCCUGUCAUCACACUAGCCAUUCCUGAAAAUACCAACAUUGGUGCACUUUUCCCUAUUCCAUUGGCUAUGGAUCGUGAUGCUGGUGCCAAUGGUGUUGCUUCCUAUGAGCUCAUGCCUGGUUCAGAUGCCCAAAAACUUUUUGGCUUGCAAGUAGCAGAGGAUCAAGAUGAGAAACAGCCACAACUAAUUGUAAUGGGAAACCUAGACCGAGAGCAGUCAGAGUCCUAUGACUUAACUAUCCGGGUUCAAGAUGGGGGUAGCCCACCUCGUGCUAGCAGCGCUUUGUUGCGAAUCACCAUUCUGGACAUGAAUGACAAUGCACCGAAGUUUGAGAAACCAUUGUAUGAGGCUGAACUUUCAGAAAAUAGUCCUAUUGGUCACUCUGUACUGCAGGUGAAAGCGAAUGAUUCUGAUCAGGGUGCCAAUGCUGAGAUUGAUUAUUCCUUCCAUCAGGCUUCAGAUGUAAUUCAUCGGCUGCUACGCUUAGACAGAGCCACUGGACUCAUCACGGUACAAGGUCCUGUUGAUCGUGAAGAUAUUAAUGUGCUCAAGUUCUCAGUGUUGGCUAAGGACAAGGGAGCUAAUCCCAAAACUGCCCGUGCCCAGGUAGUGAUCAGUGUCAGAGAUAUGAAUGAUAAUGCUCCUUCCAUUGAAAUUCGUGGUAUUGGUUUAGUGACUCAUCAGGAUGGCAUUGCCAAUAUUUCUGAAGAUGUGCCAGUGGAGACACCUGUGGCGCUUGUACAAGUGUCUGAUCGGGAUGAGGGUGAAAAUGCUGUUGUGACCUGUGUGGUGGCUGGUGAUGUACCUUUUCAGCUACGACAAGCCAGUGAUACUGGCAGCGAUAGCAAAAAGAAAUACUUUCUACAGACCACUACACCCCUGGAUUAUGAAGCUGUGAAAGAAUAUACCAUUGAGAUUGUAGCUGUGGAUUCUGGUAAUCCACCCCUGUCAAGCACCAAUUCCCUAAAAGUACAGGUGAUGGAUGUCAAUGACAAUGAUCCAGUGUUUAGCCAGAGCUCAACAGAGGUGGCAUUUCCUGAGAAUAAUUCCCCAAAUGACUUGGUAGUAGAAGUGAGUGCUACUGAUGCAGAUAGUGGAUCUAAUGCUAAACUGAUCUACUCUCUUGCUGGAGAAUCUUUAUCAAAAGACACCUUCUCAAUUGAUCCAGAAUCUGGUGAAAUCCAUGUAAAAAAUGUGCUGGAUCGGGAACAGCAAGAACGCUAUGAAUUCUUGGUAGUUGCAACUGACAAGGGUAGCCCUAGCCGCAAAGGAACUGCCUCAAUUGCCAUCAGUGUCAUGGAUCGCAAUGAUAAUGAUCCAAAAUUCAUGCUCAGUGGCUACAAUUUUUCUGUCACGGAAAACAUGCCACCACUGAGUCCAGUGGGCAUGGUGACAGUUAUUGAUGCAGACAAAGGAGAUAAUGCUGUCAUUCAACUCUCAGUGGAACAGGAUAAUGGUGACUUUGUAAUCCAAAAUGGUACUGGAACCAUUCUCUCCAGUAUAUCUUUUGAUCGUGAACGACAGAGUACUUACACUUUCCGUCUUAAAGCUGUGGAUGGGGGAGAUCCACCAAGAUCUGCUUAUGUGGGGGUGACAAUCAAUGUAUUAGAUGAGAAUGACAAUGCUCCUGUAAUUAUAUCUCCAUCCAAUGCUUCCUAUAAACAUAUUCUACCUAACACUAGUCCUGGGCAACAGAUUAUGAGUGUUGGAGCUGAAGACAUUGAUUCUGGGAUCAAUGCUGAAUUACUAUUUAGAAUUGCUGGUGGAAACCCCUUUGAACUCUUUAAGAUUUCAUCUGUAAGUGGAAAUAUCACAUUAGAAAAAGAGAUUCUCCGCAAGCAUCAUGGACUUCACCGCUUGGUUGUACAUGUAAAUGACAAAGGGAAACCUUCUCAUCAUGGCACAGCAUUAGUUCAUUUUUAUGUGAAUGAAACAUUGGCUAACCGGACACUGCUGGAGACUCUAGUAGGACACAGCUUGGACACACCUAUUGAUAUUGACAUUGCUGGUGAUCCAGAGUAUGAGCGCAACAAGCAGCGCAGUAAUAUUUUGUUUGGAGUCAUUGCAGGCAUAGUAGCUGUCACCUUGAUAAUUUUGCUUGUUGUGCUGGUACGCUACUGUCGUCAAAAGGAGGCCAAAAGUGGUUAUCAAGCUGGCAAAAAGGAAACUAAGGAUCUGUAUGCUCCCAAACAAAGUAGCAAAGGGAACAACAAAGCUAAAGGCAAAGUGAAAAAAAGCAAAUCCACUAAGCCACCAAAACCAACUGAGGAUGAAGAAGAAACAGGUCUGCAGAAAUCUCUUAAAUUCAACCUUAUGAAUGAUUCAGUAAGUGACAGUCCCCGCAUCCAUCUGCCUCUUAAUUAUCCACCUGGAAGCCCUGACUUGGGUCGCCAUUACCGUUCCAAUUCACCUUUGCCUUCCAUUCAAUUGCAACCCCAAUCACCAUCUGCCUCCAAGAAGCAUCAGGUAGUACAGGACCUCCCAGCCACCAAUACAUUUGUGGGCACUGGGGACAGCAAUUCUACAGGCUCGGAGCAGUAUUCAGACUACAGCUACCGUACCAACCCUCAGAAAUACACCAAUAAACAGUUACCUCAUCGUCGAGUGACAUUCUCUGCAGCCAAUCAGGCUCAAGAUCUGCAGGAUCCCUCCCAGCACAGUUACUAUGACAGUGGCCUUGAAGAGUCAGAAACACCAAGCAGCAAAUCUUCAUCAGGGCCUCGAAUAGGGCCUCUGGCUCUACCUGAGGACCACUAUGAGCGCACCACACCUGAUGGCAGCAUUGGUGAGAUGGAACAUCCUGAGAAUGAUCUCCGACCUUUGCCUGAUGUAGCCUUGACAGGGACCUGUACUCGAGAAUGCACAGAAUUUGGUCACUCUGAUACCUGCUGGAUGCCAGGUCAGUCCUCUCCAAACCGGCGGCCCAAGAAUGCCCUCAAAUUCUCCACAUUUGUGCCUUAUCAAGACAGAGGGAGUCAAGAACAAGUUGGGAAUGGAAGCCCCAGACUCUCAGAAGAGCGCAACACCAAAAUGGCUAACCUCCGCCUGCUCCCCACAUACAGUGCCUUCUCCAACAGUAGCCAUGAGCCCUGCAAGAAUUCCCCCAUGGAGGAAAUCCCUCUCACCCAGACCUCAGACUUCCAGACAGCCACCACACCAUCAUCCCAAACUGCCAAACGAGAGAUCUACCUGUGAGAAUGAGGAGGCCAUAUAAAGUAUCUGAAAACAAUGCUGAGACCAGUGUCUAGUGCUCCAGUAUGAAGUGACUUUUCAAACUGUGAUUCUUUAUCACUCAGUUUGGCAGUUCUGUGCCUGCCAGAUAAGACUGCCUUGCCCAGUCAUUGGGCAUGGAAACAUUUCAUUCAUUGAUUCCUCACUGGGCAAGGGAACUGACACCACCAGAAUAGCCAAGCUCUCCGUAGAGUGGUCCAUGGAUAUCUGGAAAGAGAGAGAAAGGAAUAUAGUGAAGAGGGCUUGGCUUCUUUGUUUCAGGACUGGGGUGGGUGGGUAAUGGCUUAGUUACCAAAGGUCCACGCAGAUUUGGUGGAGUCCAUUGGGCACAGGGCUGAGAGCACUUGGUGCAGGUGCAGGGGGAAAAGCUGCCUCUCUUGUUACUAUAGACUCCUGUAAAUAUGAAUUUUAAGAAUGACAUUUAUGUCUUGCCUGAUUGAGUUUUAUUUGUCCUUGGAACAAAAAGAUAUUGAAGCAAACAACACCACAGGGAGAAAUUUUCAGCUUGAAUAUUUCACCACACAGAAGAGCACAUUGGGGCAAACACUUCCAACCAGCCCACCCUUUACUUCCACAGUGUAAAUAAGGAUGAAGCAUCAGUUGGGAGAGGGGCAUUCUGGCUGGUCAGCAGGACUGAGUAGGAAGGACAUAACAGAGUUUUAAAAUCUUAAUCACUUUUCAGACUUCAGAAACUCUAUCAGGUAUGGAGGAGCCCUAUAGCUAGUAGUCAUAGCUUUUAGCUGUCCUCCUUUGCCCCUACCCCAUAGAUAAUGAGCCGCAGUAGUAAAAAAAAAGUGAAAGAAACUUUAGUUUUUCAGGUGGUAGAAUAUCUAACUGCCCAAGAUUACUCCACUGCCUCAUGUGUGAGGCAGAGAAUUUCCAUGGGGUCAUUAGACCCCAGUGCCAUGAUUCUGGCCUUUGAUUUGUCUGCCUGUAAGCCACCAUUGCCUUUGUGAAAUGGAGCUUGGACUCAGGGUCACACUUGGGCCCAUGGGCCUCUGUAUGCUGGAGUCACAUACCCCCUCCCUAUGCCUUUAGACAGCCUCAAGGGCUCCAAUAUUCUCUUCCAGUGCCACAUGUUUAGCCACAUAGUAUUUGACUGCUGGAGCCUGUCAUAGUUUCACUAGGGGCCCAUAAAAACAGUGCAACUAUUCAUGGGCAUUAUUAUCCCCAACCACUGAUGCCGUCAUUUGGGAUCACUCAGAAGACCAGCUCUGAAUUUAUAAGAGAGCACUCUUCCUCCAGCAAGCAGUGGGCUGCUUUGGUGAUUAAGUUCUUAAAUCCCUCAGUAUUCUAGUCUUAGGCCUGAUUCCAGAUAGUAUAGUAUUAAUGGCAAUCACUUGCCAGCUAGUAAUUAUAGGACUUUUCCAGUACAUAUGGUAAUGAAAUACAGUCUCCAAAUUGGGGCUCUAUCCACCAGACUAGCUGACAUUUUUUGGACCCAUCUUGUUUCUCUUGGCUUAAUUCUUCUGGUUCCAACAGGCCCAACUUUCUUCCCACACAUUGCCAUGUGUUUUUCUAAGCUGUAUUGCAGAAGAUGGGCUGGAUGUCCUUCUUUGCUGUCUCUCUGUUCAACUUUCUCAACUGCAUGUGUCUCAGAAGGAAAGGAAACAAACAUGAUAUGUUUUGUAAAACUAUUGUGUGGGUAUGUGGAUACGUGCUUUACAGGACUGAUCAUUUGGAGAUAGGUUGGUUAUCAAACUAGUAAACUGGUAAAAUCAACAUAGAGCAAUUUUCAUUUUCUUCUGAUUGUCAGAGAUAAUUUCUAGGAUAAUAUGAAAUUUUAGUGUCUCCCUGCAUUCUCUGUCCUCUAAUGAGCAGACUGCUGAUCGCCUUCUAACCAUACAUAGUGGUAGUGGGAAGCAUUCCAGAAAAAAAAUCCAGUGACUCUACUCAUAUAGUAAGCUACUACAUGCCAUGGGUGAUUAAGUGUCUGAAUUCUAGUAUUGGAGUCCCAGGUUUGAGAUCACUGGCAAGUUCCAGUGUGUAUAAAAACCAAGGACUUCCUCUCUUCUACCCCUAUACUUUUUAAGGCUCAGGGCUAUGUCAGCAGCAAUCCAUAGGAUGGAGAGCAGGAAUAUAGCACUUCCUAUCCACUCUUGUAUCAAGAGCCUAAGGUUAAAGUGAUCAUGUGUGAUGAAAGCAGGAAAAAAUUCUGAAAUAGUUUGUUGAUUUUUAACUUAAUAUGAUAUGUGAACCCACAUAUUAUAGCUUAGCAAACCAGGCCGCUUUGGCUUGUGCUUCAAUUCUUGGUUAAAAAUCUGUCUGGACUGUAUGUGUAAAUAUAGUUACUGAGGUAAAUAAAUAAAAGCAUAAAUAAACACUGUCCGAGGAGGUCUCCAGCUAUCCACCAUACCCAGAUUUUUUCAAGUGCAACUGUAUGGUAUGGAAAGGACAGACCUUUCUUAUUCUAUUCUAUUCUAUUCUAUUCUAUUCUAUUCUAUUCUAUUCUAUUCUAUUCUAUUCUAUUCUAUUCUAUUCUAUUCUAUUCUAUUCUGUGAAAGGAAUAGAUGGGAGCCAAAUCACUAAUGAAGGAAUACCUGUGUUGCUCAGGUAAGGUUAUCCUCUUUUAGGCUUAUCGAUCAAAAUAUAACAGAAGGCAAUCUAAUUUCUAGUCCAUCCCUUGUAGAUGGGAAUUAUAAAACUGACCUCAUCCCAGAAUUGCUUCUGUAUUUGGAUAUGCUUGCUAUAGGCCCAUUGGAACAAAUAAGCUUGCUUUUUGGUAAUAAGCCAAGGCUGAUAACAUGAACGUGGAGAGUUCUUCAUCUCUUUUCCUUUGGUUUUGUGAGAGAUAUGAAAUAAAAAAGACUGGCUAUUCAGGGAAAGGGAUUGAAAAACAGUAUUGCCUGGCCUCCCAAACAUAACCAAGACUUUGAAAUGUGUUUUGUGUGAGGCAAAAAGGAAGAUGGCACCAGUAGUAAUUGAAAUAUAUUUUUGAUGAAUAUAGUUAUAAAAUAUAAAGGUGCCCUAAGAGUGUAAGUGGUUGAUAAUCCAAUGGUCAAAAUACCUUUAGGAGACACUCAUCUUCACAAUUUCAAACCAAGAAAUACAUGCCUCGGAAAAGAGAUGGAGAAGGUUAGGAAGAAGACCAUUCCAUGAUUUCUGGUCUAGACAAGCACAUUCAAUGGCAAGGAGAAGAACUUUGAGCACUACUUUAGGACAAGCCAGGGGUAAUACCAAAGGUGUAAGGCCAGACACAGGUCAGCUGAGUGAGAUGGAACAAAGCUACCCCUUUGUAAUUCUUCGUGUUGAUUCUAUUUAUACGAGAUUUCAGUUCUUGCUUGUGAUGCCUUGUUUUUUUGUACAGUUUUAUGUACAUGCAGGUGUAGCUUUUUCUAAAGGAGAAAUCCUACAGCAGAGUAAAGAGUACCCAACUAUUUUUGAAUUGUGCCAUUUGUUUAGAUACUGCCUCUUUCUCUCUUGCUAAGGUUGUAUUGCUCUCAAUGUGAUGCAUAUCCCUUGCACUGGGAAAGCUUUGGGCCUAGGGCUUAGUUCUCCCCUGGCACUGUGAGCACAAUUGAUUCCCUUGUAAUCCUUUUUGUUUGGAGCCGUGAGCAUGACACCUCGUGAGCCCAUUUUGUUCUCUUCCAUUUUGUUGGUUUGCUGAGCUGUCAGAUGACAAACUCCACUGUAAUUAGCCCUCCCAAAGCUUUACAAUAAAAAAUGUGAAAACCUUU